UAAACAAAAUGAUAACCUGGAAUAAGAAAUUAAAUUAUACAUUAGUGAAUCAUCCACUGUUAAAUAAUUUAAAAGCGUAACACUAUUACUCUAAAAAACUAGUUGAGUAAAUAAAAUUCGUAAUGAAUAACGACUUCCAAGAUUUGGAAUCUGAAGUAGAGUUUUACAGGCAAAAUCAAGCUAUCGUGGAACAGGAAAUAAAAACAUUAAUUGCGGACAAUCAAAAACUUUCCCAGCAAGUAGGGAUAUUGUUGAAUGAAAAACUUCAGAAUGCUCAGCAAGAGAAUAAUCAUGACAAGGAAUUCGAAGACUUGAAGAAACAAGUUACCUUACUUACAAAGGAGAGAGACUCUCUACACGUGCUCUGGCAAACCUCACAGAAAACGAUCGAUGCGCUCGAUAAGGAAUUAAAAACUUAUCAAAUUUACGAUAAUAGGAAAUAUAGAGAUAACGACGUAGAAGACAGAAGAAGUUUAGAACUAAAACUCGAAACAUCGCUUAACGAUUAUGUUGAAUUACAAUCGAAAUAUGAUAAAUUAAAACGUGAAUUCGAUAUAUCGCAAAAUGAUUUGAAGAGUUCACAAAAAGACAUACAGAGUUAUAAAGAAAGAGGCAAAGAUUUGGAAAAUAAUAUGAAUGUAGUUGAGAAAAAUCUAGAAGAAUGUAAAAUAAAUUUGGCAGCAGAAAGAAAAGCGAACGAAGAUCUAAGGCAACAAUUAAUAGUCUGCCAGAAAGAGAGCGUAGACAGAGUGAAGAGAGAAGUUGAAGCGAAAUCUAAGGUCGCCGAAGCCUUACAACUCUUCGACGUAGUGUCAGCUCAGAAGAACGAGGCUUAUCGGAAAAUUGCAGAAUUAACCGGUGUUAUAAAUAAUCUUCGACAUAACAUAACAAAAGUUAAACAAGAAACGGAAAUUAGUUUGAGAGCGGAACUGGAUGAAGUUAAAGACAAAUGUAAUGAGAAAGUAUCAGAUAUGUUAGAGCAUAUAAGAAGUCUAGAUGCUGAGUUAGUCGAAAAAGGAAUGCUUUUAAAUAAAACCCUAAGGGAUAAUAAAAUACUUCAGGAAGCAAAUGAAAUCUACAUAAAGCAGGAGAAGGACAAUUUGAAGUCAGUAGACCCGAAGCUUGCGUUGGCUGAGCAGCGACUUGAAGCUAUGUUCCAGGAAUUGGUGUCAUCUGAACGUCGUAAUAUACAAUUAGUGUGUGAGAAGCAAUGCCUGGCUAUAGACAUACAGCGUGUUCAAGACAUUCACAGCAGAGAGAGCAAGCGGCGAGACUGGGAGGAGAACCUGCUUAAAACACAAUGCGAUGAACUCAAACUUCAAGUGGAUCAUCUCCAGAAAUCUUUAAAUGAGACGCACACCAUGGUAACCAGACUACAAACAAUGUUAUCUUCUAGAACAGAACUUAAUCACAAGAUGAUAUCAACUAAAGAAGAAGAAUUAACUGAACUCAACAAACAUUUGGAAAGUCAGAUGGAAUUGAACAGAAAAUGGAAGGAAUCUUAUAUUGACAGGACAUCUAAGUUAAAAAAGAAUUUAGAAGCGUUAUUCAAAGAAAAUAACGAAUUGAGGUUAAAAUUGAACUUACCUUUAAUCCAAUCACCGAAACGGGAUGAAGAAAGUUCCAGCAGUUGAAAUACUGGUUUUAAGGUCUUUUUCCACUAAUCAAGUUGAAUAAUAAAAAUAUUCUUUUAAUGUCGAUAAUGUUCGAUUAUGUUACUAUAAUCGGAAUCGCUAAAUAGUUGCUUAGUAACAAAUAUAGUAAAGGCUUCGAAUUGUGUAAAAGCCUGAAUAUAAAGAUUUAAAUCUAUUUGUAUGUUUACAUACGAAAAUAACAAGAUUUGCUUAUUGACCUUGGGUAAUUUGAAGGUCGUGUCAUUUUGAGAUCUAUUUUGGAUUUUCGUUGGCAAAACAAAGUGCAAUAUGUAUUUGUAAUUAACAUUUAUUUUUUGUUUAAU